CUAUACAGCGUUCGACUUGGAUCCCAAGGUCUGUCUCUCUCCAGCUUUCGACCCCUCUCUGAUGAUGAACGUUUGACACGCAGUUCGAACAACGCGAACUUCUCAACUGACUUCAGCUCCACCGCGCAACCUCCGCAGGCCCCGGCCACGUGCGCGAGCUACGACGACAUAUUCCUGGCACUUAGCGGGCUCACCGCUUUUGCCAACAUGUUCUGGUACCCGCACAUGAUCCGGCUGGUGGACAGAAUCCGGCGGUUCGUGUCUGAUAACCAAAUCACCGAUCCUAGCAACAAUCCGCUGCGCGUAACGCGCACGUUGCAGUACGAUAACCUGUACAUGGGCCGAGCGGUCAGCCACCUGGCGGACGAUUCCCCUUCGUUGUGGCGUGACUUCUGCGCCACUAUCGAAGCGAUCGAAUACCGGUCCCUCGAAUGGUUGCUUGCCCUGCAAAGCCUCCCAGUGCCCCGCAACGAACGCACACCAGCACAACUCUCAGCGGCGGCCGGACCAAACCGCCGCCCGCCAUCAGCCCGGACCACUGGGAUGCCCGAGCACAUCCGCCAGCUGGUACCUCGGCGCUUAGACGGAACCGAACCAUGCCUCCGUUUCUUCGGCGGAGGCAUGUGCUUCGGGGGUUCGCGUGAGCGAUGCGCAUACUCGCACCGAACCCACCAGUGGGAUGCCCCGCUGCACCGGGACCUACAAUCCUACAUUAACCGGCAGUACGGCUCAAGCCGCCGUGGCCACAACGGGCCUCGCCGCAGCUGA